GAUCUUCGCUUGUUCGGCGCUCUCGACCGCCUCAGGACCAGUCAAAGGACAGCGUCAGCAGAGUAGCCAACUACGAUAGACAACAACAAAACAUACUGAACGCGAACAUUUUCCGCAAUGCUGCUAAAGAGGAGCGCGUAAUUUUUUUCGCUUCCCAGAUUUUACGAUUUGUUCGUUAGUGCGUGCCGGUUAGAUUUUGGUAUUGUUUGUGGUUUGGCGAAGUGACCCUUGCGAAUUUUUUUUGAAAAUACAUUAGUGCAACAGUUGAACCGGGUUAGGAGCGCUGUGGCAGGAUUGUUUGUGGUUUAUAGUUGUCGAGGAUUUUCGAGCUGCGUCUCAACCAUGGGGUGUUUUGGUAGCAAAGACAAACUUUCCAAAGAAGAUAUGGAUUUUCUAAAAUCGCAUACCCGUUACGAUGAAAGUACAAUUAAAGAGUGGUAUAAAGGUUUUAAGCAAGACUGUCCUAAUGGCCGCCUUACACCAGCCAAAUUCGUAGACAUGUAUAAGAUGUUCUUCCCAUCAGGUAACGCAGAAGAAUUCUGCGACCACGUUUUCAGAACUUUCGACAUGGAUAAAAAUGGAUAUAUAGAUUUUAAGGAAUUUCUGCUGGCGAUCGAUGUCACGUCGAGCGGCACGCCGGAGGAAAAACUAAAGUGGGCCUUCCGUAUGUACGAUGUCGACGGCAACGGCGUCAUAGACAUUCAGGAGAUGACAAAAAUUGUCCAGGCGAUAUAUGAUAUGUUGGGAGCGUGUUCUUCCAAUAGACCUGCCGAUUCGGCCGAGGAAAGGGCCAAAAAUAUUUUCGCCAAGAUGGACGAAAACAACGACGGGCAAUUAACGCAAGACGAAUUCCUCAAAGGAUGUCUACAAGAUGAAGAAUUGUCUAAAAUGCUCGCGCCCUAAUGUGUUUAAUAAGAAUUUAAAGAAAAAAAGAAAAUUCCUAUCGUCGUUAUAGGUCCACAUCCACACAACUUUUUAAUAUAUUUGUGUCCUACAAAAAGGACAAUUUACCAAAAGGUUUUAAUUAUCAUGGCGCAUUUUCAUGUGGAUUAGAAUAAUAACAUGAAAAGCAUCGAUGAAAACUUUUUAGAGUAGGAGAUAUGAUCUGUAUAUUAUUUUGAUUUUUUUUUGUUGAGCCUCUUUUUUGUUUAAUCCAGCUUGUCUCUGUUGCUCAGCUUGAAAAAGUAUAUUUUUAUUACGGAUUGGUAGGCCUACCCCUAAAUUAGCCAUUAUAUAGUGCAUUUAAUUUCGAAAUAAAACAUGUGUAUCAGUAGCCGUACAUAUCUUAGACUAUCUUAAAGUGUUAUUGUAUGUAAUAUUACGGGACUGCUUAUUAUUAGUCUGGUCAAUUUAGACAUUCGAAUUUACAUAAAUCUCCACCAAGCUAAAAAUCAGUAAAUUCUUCAAAAUAUAUUUAAAAUCAAUACUUGAAAAGAAACAAAAA